UGUGUUGGAGUUAGGGCGCGACUGUUGUCACUGUCAUGCAACGCAACCGUCUCUCUCGCCCUGACCGCAGUGCCGCAACCUAAAGAGGAGCCGGAGGACGUCUCGCGCCUCUCCGCUGUCCGACCGCCGGUGGAUGCAGAUCUCCAGAAGGCCCGACUCUUGAAUCUCUUGGAUUGGUGCACUGCACUUGUUGACGAAGCAAGUGCUGUGCAUAUAUGACCAUGAAUAAUAGCUUGUGGUCAGCGUUCUUAAAGAGCCUGAAAGCAUCGAGUUCCUCAAUUGAAUAAUGCCACUUGGCCUGCCAUCAGUCACGUGUACAAGAAUCAAAAGCUACGUGGAUCCGAAGAACAGCCCACCGCCCACCUUUUUUGUCAAGCAGUCGUGCAGUUUACUCAUUUUAACAAGCACGGGAAAAUGUUUAGUUUAGAUGCAGAGAGCGUUUUAUUCUUGCUUCCGAUUCAUUAACCACUUAAUCUCUGUUUCUUUUUGCUGAUCUUUCAGGCUCAUCAUGUUGUUUCAGGUCAAAGAUCCAAUAGAUACUUUUUUUUAACACAACACGUUGUUGGCGGAUAAAGCUCAGGAUUCAUUGAAGGCUUUUUCAUUACGAAGAGUUCUUGAUAAGCUUGUACUUGUUGACGACGAAACCUCUGUACGAGGAAUGACCCACCGAAAGGAUUUAUAGAAAAAGCCAGAGAUUGCUCGGAUCAGGAGGAACGGGAGAGAAGGGUCGCAGCUUGAAUCCAGGAGGAAGGGGGAGGAGAUGGAUAAGAGCCAGAAGAGUGGUCACAGGUGUCUGCCCAAGAGGAUCAUCCUGGUGAGGCACGGGGAGAGCCAGGGGAACCUGGACAUGGCCGCGUACACCACCACCCCGGACUGCCGGAUCCCGCUCACGCCGCUGGGCGUCGUGCAGGCGCGCACCGCGGGGGAGCGCAUCCAGCAGGUGGUGUCGGAGGGCGGGCGGGCGGCGAGGUGGAAAGUCUACUUCUACGUGUCGCCUUACGAGCGCACGCGGGCGACGCUGCGGGAGAUAGGGAGGGCAUUCCCGAGGAAGAGGAUCAUCGGGGUGAGGGAGGAGUGCAGGAUCCGGGAGCAGGACUUCGGCAACUUCCAGGUGGAGGAGAGGAUGAAGGUCAUCAAGGAGACGCGGGAGCGCUUCGGCCGCUUCUUCUUCCGCUUCCCUGAGGGCGAGUCCGCGGCGGACGUCUUCGAUCGGGUCGCAAGCUUCAUGGAGUCGCUGUGGAGGGACAUCGACAUGAGGAGGCUAGAGCAGGACGACAACUUGGACGUCAACCUCGUGAUCGUGUCGCACGGCCUGACCUCCAGGGUGUUCCUGAUGAAGUGGUUCAAGUGGACCGUGGACCAGUUCGAGCUGCUGAACAACCCCGACAACUGCGAGUUCCGAGUGAUGCAGCUAGGCCCCGGCGGCGAGUACAGCCUCGCCAUCCACCACACGCCGGCGGAGCUGCAGCUGUGGGGGCUUUCGCCGGAGAUGAUCGCGGACCAGCAGUGGAGGGCCACGACCGUCCGCGGCAGCUGGUACGAGAACUGCCCCUGGCACAUCGACAACUUCUUCCACCACCUCAAGGACUCGUCCGACGACGAUGGGUCGUCGGACGAGUGCUACAAUGCAUGAACUAAUUUAUUUUCGGUUGUCUGGUCUCUCCUUGCGUCUCUUUUUCUUCCGUAGAAAAUGAUUCUUUGUGGUACAAGAAUUGCUUCAAUAAACAACACGUCGGUGUGGGCUAUUAUGAGUACAAUAGUAUCUUUUGUGGACCGUCGGACUACAGAAUCCAGCGUAUUAUUUUGGAGUUCCGUAACCAACACACUCGGACACGGGUAGCGGGACCCACUGACCCAAGCCGCUCAUCCACGCGGAAUCCGAUAGUCGCGGACACGCUGUUGCCGACUGCUCGCGAAGGGAGCCACUCAUCGAUAGACGCCGUUACCUGUUCCCGCGCCGCCUUGACGGCCGCCUCCCCCGGUCUCCGCGAAGGUCGUGACGGGCACUACAUGUCAGUCGGAACCUGGGAAGGCUCGGCGAAAGAGACAGCGCCGCCCACGGGCUGCGGUGACCUUGUCCCGACAACCGCGUCUCAGAUUUAUUUCACCCCUCCGGCCAAGUUACCCACCCUGGAAAAGAACUCCGCAGGAGACCCAGAUGAUCUAGCCGUCAAUCCAACGAAUCUUCGUAUUUGAUCUCCAAUUCUUAGCGACCUCUCUUGUGGGUGUGGGUGUGGGUCGGGGUGUCUGAAGCAGCGCUGGAUUAUAUUAUGGCGGGGCGGGCUGAGGGAUGGCGUCGCGAUAACAAUUGCCAACGAAAUCUUUGUGAUUCGGAAGGAUCACCGAAAAUCCAACGUGCCAUCAGCAACGGGUGCGGUGAUACCACGUAUCCAAAUAAUUACGAGAGGGCGGCGGCUGCGGUCGGUCAAACCGUCCGCCUACUACGCACAUUAUUUUUCUCUUCCCUUUCGCCGCUCCACCACUCCCUCUCUUCUCCUCUCUCAUUCACCCUCUCUCUCUAUCUCUCUCUCUCUAUAUAUAUUUAUCCUCGCCCAUAUCUUUCCUUCCACCUCAAGGCAGCUCCCCUGUUCUCCUUCUAGCUGAAUCCUCCGUGAAGACAGAAACAGAGAAGAAGAAUACGGAACGGAGAGAAGCAGAGAAGUUUGGGGGUCUUGCAAUGGCUCCGAGGACGAAGGGAGGCAACGCCGGAGAGGGAGGAGGAAACUUGCAGGUCAUUCGCUUCCGGGGCGUGCGGAAGCGGCCGUGGGGGCGGUACGCCGCGGAGAUCCGCGACCCCGCGAAGAAGAGCCGCGUCUGGCUCGGUACCUUCGACACGGCGGAGGAGGCGGCGCGCGCCUACGACGCCGCCGCUCUCCAGUUCCGCGGCCCCAAGGCCAAGACCAACUUCCCCUACCCCGACCCUCGCCACUUCCCCGCCGUCUUCGUCGGUGCUGGGUCCGGAUCCGCCGCCUCCAGCCCCAGCAGCAGCACCGUCGAGUCCUCCACCCCUUCCCUGCCGUAUCCCGCCGCGCCCCCACCGUUGGAUCUCGAGCUCGGCCACGCGUCCGCCCGCCUCCCCUUCCUGCACCCCCUCCCGGCCACCGCAACGCCCGCGCAUCCCUUCUUGUUCCUGGACGCGAUGGCGAGAUCGGAGAAGGCGGUAGCUGUGACAGGGUUCAAGACCGUGGCGAUGAGUGCCUACGGCGGGGCGCACAGCGAGUCGGGUUCGUCCCUGGACAUGAGUUAUUCUCUCUCUCCUGUGGUGAUGGCUGCGCCGGGUAGGAGGCUUCCCUUCGAUGUCGAUCUCAACCUGCCGCCUCCGCCGGAGGUGGCAUGAGAUCCGUACGUCUUCAAAUCUCGACAGAGAUAGAAUAAUAAAACUAUCGAAUAUAUAUAUAUAUAUAUAUAUAUAUAUAUAUAUAUAUAUAUAUAUAU